CUCUGGGCGCUGCCCUCCAUCCAUCUUCCCCGAGGCUCCUCCUCUCCGUCGCCCCCGCCCCAGGGCUUCCCCCCUCCCCAGGACCCCGGGGCUGCAGCUGGGACCGCUCCUGCCGCCCUUGGAUUAAAAAUAGCAUCUUCCCCCGCUCCUCCCCCGGGCCCGGCUCAGGCCGCCCCGGCCCGGCUGCAGUCGCUCUGCCUUCCCCUGGCUCGCGGUCGGCCGGCGGGGGAACAUGCAGCGGGCCGCGCUCUUCGGGAGCGGCAGGGAGGCGCAGAUGGCUGCGGGGGACCUAGGGGAGCUGCUGGUCCCCUACAUGCCCACGAUCCGCGUGCCCAAGUCAGGGGACCGGGUCUACAAGACGGAAUGUGCCUUCUCCUACGAGUCCCCGGAUUCAGAAGGAGGUCUCUAUGUGUGCAUGAACACGUUUCUGGGAUUUGGAAGGGAACACGUUGAAAGUCAUUAUCGAAAAACAGGACAGUGUGUAUAUAUGCAUCUAAAACGACAUGUGAGAGAGAAGGUACCAGGGGCAUCUGGUGGAGUUUUACCAAAAAGGAGGAAUGCAGUGCUGUUUUUAGAUCUAGAAACAAAUGGCGAUUUAAACAAUGAUGAUUUUGAAUAUGAAGAUGAAGCCAAACUCGUUAUAUUUCCAGAUCAUUAUGAAAUUCCAUUACCAAAUAUAGAGGAAUUGCCAGCACUGGUAACAAUAGCCUGUGAUGCAGUCCUCACUUCAAAAUCUCCCUACCGAAAGCAGGACCCGGACUCCUGGGAAGAAGAGCUACAAGUAUCCAAACAUGCCAAAACACUUGUACAGAUGGACAAUGGUAUUAGGAUUCCCCCGAGUGGCUGGAAGUGCGCAAAGUGUGACCUGCGGGAGAACCUCUGGCUGAACCUGACGGACGGCUCGGUGCUGUGUGGAAAAUGGUUCUUUGAUGGCAGUGGGGGAAACGGACAUGCCUUGGAACACUACAGAGAAAUGGGCUAUCCCUUAGCCGUGAAGCUCGGAACCAUCACUCCCGAUGGUGCAGAUGUCUAUUCUUUUGAUGAAGAGGAGGCAGUUUUAGAUCCACAUAUAGCAAAACACUUGGCGCACUUUGGAAUUGAUAUGCUCCAGAUGCAUGUGACAGAGAACGGCCUAAGAGAUAAUGACAUAAAACCAAGAGUCUCUGAGUGGGAAGUGAUUCAGGAGUCUGGCGUGAAGCUAAAGCCCAUGUAUGGCCCAGGAUACACUGGCAUGAAGAACCUGGGAAAUAGCUGCUACCUCAGCACUGUCAUGCAGGCCGUUUUCAGCAUCCCAGAGUUUCAGCGAGCGUAUGUGGGAAAUCUUCCGAGAAUAUUCGACUACUCCCCUCUAGAUCCAACACAAGAUUUCAACACACAGAUGACUAAAUUAGGACAUGGCCUCCUUUCGGGCCAGUACUCUAAACCACCAAUGAAAUCUGAGCUUAUUGAACAGGUGAUGAAGGAAGAACACAAGCCUCAACACAAUGGAAUUUCUCCUCGUAUGUUUAAGGCCUUUGUAAGCAAAGGGCACCCAGAAUUCUCCUCCAAUAGACAGCAAGAUGCACAGGAGUUUUUCCUGCACCUUAUAAACCUAGUAGAGAGAAACCGCAUUGGUACAGAAAACCCUAGUGAUGUUUUCCGGUUCCUGGUGGAAGAACGCACACAGUGCUGCCAGUCUAGGAAAGUCCGAUAUACAGAGAGGGUGGACUAUCUCAUGCAGUUACCUGUGGCCAUGGAGGCAGCAACAAAUAAAGACGAAUUAAUUGCCUAUGAACUGAAAAGGAGAGAAGCAGAAGCGGCUAGGAGACCUCCGCCAGAGCUCGUACGUGCCAAGAUUCCAUUUAGUGCGUGUCUACAGGCCUUUUCUGAACCGGAAAACGUGGACGAUUUCUGGAGCAGUGCUCUCCAAGCAAAAUCAGCAGGAGUUAAGACAUCUCGCUUUGCUUCGUUUCCUGAGUACUUGGUGGUGCAGAUAAAGAAGUUCACCUUUGGCCUCGACUGGAUACCUCAAAAGCUUGAUGUUUCCGUAGACAUGCCAGACCUACUAGAUAUCAAUCACCUCCGUGCCACGGGACUACAACCGGGAGAAGAGGAACUUCCUGACAUUGCUCCGCCCAUUGUCAUUCCUGAUGACCCCAAAGAUCGCAUGAUGAACCAUUUCAUGGAGCCCCCAGAUAUUGAUGAAUCUUCAGUGAUGCAGCUAGCAGAGAUGGGUUUUCCCUUGGAAGCAUGUCGGAAGGCUGUAUACUACACUGGAAACAUGGGUGCUGAAGUGGCUUUCAACUGGAUCAUUGCACACAUGGAAGAACCGGAUUUUGCAGAGCCGCUAGCUAUCCCUGGCUAUGGAGGAGUUGCUUCUGCCAGAGCAGCUGGUCUAGGGGCGAUUGGGCUAGAUAACCAGCCCCCAGAAGAGAUGGUAGCUCUCAUCACCUCCAUGGGGUUCCAGAGGAAUGUAGCUCUUCAAUCCCUCAAAGCAACAAAUAAUAAUUUGGAGCGUGCACUGGACUGGAUCUUCAGCCACCCGGACCCCGAGGAGUCAAGCGAAGCUGCUUCAGAUGUGAUGGAUAUGGAAAAUAAUGCCAAUGCCAACAUUCUUGCAGAGGCAGGGCCAGAAGGGCCCAGGAUCAAAGACGGGUCUGGAAGAUAUGAGCUCUUUGGGUUCAUCAGCCACAUGGGAACAUCCACAAUGAGCGGCCACUAUGUUUGCCAUCUCAAAAAGGAGGGCAGAUGGGUGAUCUACAACGACCUUAAAGUCUGUGCCUCAGAGCGACCUCCCAGAGAUCUGGGAUAUAUUUACUUCUACCAUAGGAUACCAAGUUAGGCCUCACAUACGUUAUUUGGCCUUAGGAAGCCAUAAGCCUUUUUAAUUUGCCAAAAAAAAAAAAAAAAAGUAUUCAUUUAAAAAAAAAAAAACC